AUGAGUUCUAUGAAGUUUGAAAUUGAUAGAUUCAGUGGACGCAACAACUUCAAUAUCUGGAAGAUCCAAAUGAUGGCGUUACUGCGGAGGGAAGGUUCAAUCCAUGCUAUUGACGGAAAGUAUUCCAAUGGUACAUCGGCUUCCAACAAGGAAAAGAUUAAAGGGGAUGCACAACUGUCUCUUGCACCUAAUGCGCUUUGUGAAGUGAGUACAAGUAACAAAGAGACGGCCAAGCAGUUAUGGGACAAGCUACAAGGGCAUUACCAGGACAGAUCGGUGAUAACAAGAAUGUUGUUACAACAGCGUCUUCACACAUUUAAGAUGGGGUCAGGUACUUCUUUACAAGAUCAUUUAAAUGCGUUCAAUAAACUUAUCAUGGACUUACAGAUUGCCGACAUUAAAAAGGACGAGGAGACGCUUGCGUGUGCUUUACUAUUUUCAUUAACUUCAGGAUAUCGUGAUAUCGAGAAUUCAAUGAUGUAUAGGAAGGAGCCUAUCAACUUUGAGCAAGUGCGGCAAGCACUUAAAUCUAGUGAUGUGUGGAGGCAUUUCGAAGGAGACAGAGAUGAUUAG